AUGUUCGCCUCCCAGGGCUUCGAGGGCUUCCAAGAGGAACAGUCCCCGGCUUUGCUCUCCGACCUUUCUGCCAUGGAGUCGGCACCUGACAGCAGCCCAGGGAGCUACAACCCUAGGACUGUGGCUGUGAAGGAGAAGCCCCGGGGGCCAGAGGGCGGCCGAGGUGGCAGCUGGGGCAGUUACAAUCCCCUGCAGUACCAGGUGGCACACUGCGGGCAGACGACCGUGCACCUGCCCCCAACCCUGACAGCACCGGGCCAGCCCCAGUGCGUCCCCGAGGCCCCCUUGGCCACCACCGUGCCCCCCAGCAGCCCCUUCGAGGCGCCCUCCUCGGCUGACCCCUCGCAGGAGGGCAAGAAGGCAGUGAACGACAGCCUGGAGUACCGGCUGCGGCGGGAGCGCAACAAUAUCGCCGUGCGCAAGACCAAGCGGCGCAUCCUGGAGAUACAGCAGUACAUGGCAGAGAAUGAGCAGCUGCGCAGCCGCGUGGAGCAGCUUACGCAGGAGCUAAAUAUCCUGCACAGGUUUUUGAAAGCUAUUAUAAAUUUAAUGUCAUUGGUCAGUAAACAUUAAGGACAUAAAAGGAAAGAGUAUUAUUGGUAAAAAGGGUUAAAAAGAGAGAGAGCUUUUUACAUAAAAAAAGGACAUGGUUUGUAAGAAUGACUUUAUCCGGAUGGCUAGUUUACUCUAGACUGAAAUAAAAAUGGUAAAAUGUUUAAAGUAAGUCGAAGAGGGUGUGUGAAAGUCACAGAAAGUAUUUGGGUCACUUCAGCUGAAC